CACCCCACUCAUCCCACAUGUCGCCGAACUCUACACCCGUAUUCCGUGUCGCGGGAUUACGAACCGCUCAAUGUCGCAAUAUCGUCCAAGCUUUCAAAUACCAUGACUUAUCCCGCUUCUCAUCCCACUCAGUCCGCCGAGUUGUAAUUAAGCCCUGUCGCACCGUUGGUCCUGAUUGCAAACCUCGCCGGGUCACGUCAUCAGCCAGGCCUGGCCCUGGGAUGCUUGUCCGAUGGAGACGAAUCCGAGCAACCCGACCAAUACAGGCGCACCCAGCACAGGCACAGACACCCGCACCGGCACCGGCACCGGGACUGAUGCUGCCGACGCUAGGAUCCAUGCCGACGUAAAUCGGAACUCCACUGCCCGGCAUACAUGCCAUUGUGGCAGGGGAUUUAUCCGAAAAGAGCAUCUGCGGCGGCACCAAGCCACCCAUGGAGAGAGGUCGCAUGUCUGCCACGUCUGCCAACGCGCCUUUACUCGAAAUGACCUUCUCCGACGUCACCUUACUUACCACGAAUCCGUGGGAUCCUCGGAGAAUCUAAAGAGACGCGCCUGCGAUGCGUGUCGCCUCAAUAAGACGAAAUGCGAUGGCGGCGUUCAGUGCUCGUUGUGUGCAAAACGAUCCAUCAGCUGCACUUUUGAAUUGGCUACAGCAGCUCGCCCGCUAUUAUUCGCCACCGGCGCAGCUGUAAGGGGGGACAAGGACACAGGCGUCUCCUCCCGGCCUCCUAGCCAAUUCCGCCGUUCAGUUCUGGCUCCGGAAAGCACCGCUCAAGAUGCUCCCCCCAACAACCCACGACCCUUACUGGACAUGUCUAUGGAGGUCCUGCCUCAAGAUGCCGCCGGCGCACAACCUGCGCAGCUCGGCAUCUCAAUGAUACUCGACGGGAUCUCUGCGUCCCCCACAAAAUCGUCACUAGCAGAGCUCAAAGCACCGGACGCGGUCCAAAUCUGGUUCACAACCUGUUGCCGUUCAUAUCUUGAGCACUUCCAUCACCGUUGGGCGGUCCUUCAUGCGCCCACCAUUGAUAUGGAGCGUGACCCCAUCGCCAUCUCGGCAACUGUGGUCAUGAUCGGGUGUUGGCUUCAGGGGUCCCAAAAUUUGAGAAAACCUGUCCUGGCAGUACACGACAUUUUAGUCGAUAGGAUUUUCGAAGAGAUGUCGAAGAUAGGGGGUUCGAACCGCGACAAACCUUGGACGCUGGAAACCUAUGGGGUGAUUCUCCUGAAUAUCAUCUUUGGUUUUUGCUGUGGAAUCGAUCGCAUCCAAACGAGGGCAGUCCUUCUCCUCAGUCUUCUUGUUUCAACGCUGCGAGAAGUUGGCAUGUUUAGCUCCGAGGCUUUGGCAUACCAAGAACGUACCCAUUUCCCAGGCACGUUCCUGCCGUACAGACUAGCAAUACGCGAGAGACGGAAGAGACUGGUUGCCUAUUUAUUUAUAAUGGAUAACUACAUGGCAAUGCUUCGCAACCAGGCUCCUCAUCUCCAACGCGAAGAACUCGACGUUGAGCUGCUUUCAACCUUCGCCAUGUGGAACGCUCAUGGGUUAAACGUAUUCGAUAAACGCCUGCCGGAGGAGCCUACAGAUCGUGCGCGAUACAGCAUGUCCGAGGCAAUUGGCAAUCCACAGCCGCCCAUGGCAUCCUCAUGGCUCGUUGAAGACAUCCAGCUCGGCCUGUGCGGAAUGUUUUCGAGCAUCUGGAGGCAUGCUCAGCUACGUCGCAGCGGCACCGCACCUGAUGCCGCCUCCCAGGAGUCGCUGUCGCACCAACUCGGCGCUUGGAAACGUCCCUUGGACAGAAUUUCAGGUUUGUGUAAUACACAAAAUUGUCAUGCACAAACUACAGUCUCCCAUACAUUGAAAGCCUACCUGGGCGAUGAAGACCAGAGCGUCUCUGGGUGGGAAGCGUCAUCCCUGGCCCGCAUGACGUCGCUUGUACUCGAUGCCACCAUGCUCUAUCACCUUCUUGGCAUACACCUCCACGCCGACGUGUCCACGAUAAAUCUCCUCGCCAUGGACUUGGGGAUGUCUAACCAGACAUGGACACCACCACCUCGCUGGAACGAAGAGAAAGUGGCCAGAACUCGUGCAUGGGCCCUGUCGAACGAGGCUAGGGAGGCUGUUUCGCAUGCCAUUGCGGUAUUGAACGCCUACGAAAUGGCUACGGGACAGAGUGAGACUCGAGAGGGAUGUCUGGAACCCGUUGCAUCGAUGGCUCUGUCGACCAGUGCUGCUGUUGUCUGGGCCUGGACUACGAAUACGGAAGGUUGUAGUUGUGUGCCGGGACUUGAUUCUACAACUGGCCUGGAACCCGCCGGGCGGUCAGCAGAGACGGAUGUUGAAAAGUGGAUCAACGGUGGCGGCUCAAUAGUGCUUGACGGUGUCGCGUUUUGCAAGUGUACGUCGGAUGUGUGGGUGCGACGAUUUGAGGAUGCCCAGUUGCAGGGAGGGCUGGUGUGUGAAGAUGGGUAGCACGACAGGCACAGAUGCCCAUAGCUGUCUGUAGCUGUAUGACAUGGGGUAUGACAUGGGGGUCCUUCUAAGGUAGCAGCAGGUUAAAGGAAUUAUUUACCGCACUUAUUCGGUCGAUGACGGGCUGGCCAUUGGUAUCACAACAAGCUUACAAGUUGUCCUUGCGGAACUUCCGCUUGAGUCACCUCCCAAUUUAGCCGAUGCAGCGAGCCAAUAAGCCCCCUUUUUCUCAGCCAUCAUUUUGGCUCGUGUGGGAUGGCAAAUUUAUCAUCCCAAAGCUGAAUAGUUUCUUACCCGUCUCGUAAGCAAGUAGUAUCGGCUCUCAAUCGGGAAGACAUGCCAUGUUAUUUAAUGCUUCGCUCUUCCUCCAUUCACUACCUGGGU